AUGAUGAAUCCGAACCAUUCCGGUGCGUCACGGCGCCCGUACUCACGCGGGGCCGUACCGCGCAACCGUUCACGGAUGCCGUUCUCCCCGCACCAUACGCAUCAUUCGAACCGGAACCAUGGUGGACACAACCAGCCAUGGUACAAUAAGGAUAUGGAGAAUAGCUUUAACUAUGGUGAUAAUGGAAGUAGUCCCAAAGAAUCAUCCUUCACCUACACGUCCAAGUCCCCGCCGGUGCAGUUGCAUUCCCCUCCUGUAGCGGGCCGCCAAACGGCGGCAGCCAUACUCAUGCCUUACGGUGCUGCUGACGAUGGUAGUAUUAAUAAUAGAUCUCAACAAAUUCUUAGAGCCGGCCCGAGCCACAUUGACCGACACCGGAUCAAUAUGGGCGGUAAUAGUAUGCAGGAUCGCAACCGGCACACGAUGAGUGCCUCGACGAUCGAUCGCCAUUCGAACCAUUUCGAGGGACCAUCGAAUUCGACGCGCGGUUCGGAUCUGCACGGUGGUGACGCACGUUCGGUACUGUCGAUGGACUCGAUGCGGAACAGCCGCGAUAACAAUGGCGGUGGUGCUCGGGAGCGGUACAGUCCGCAUUAUCACACCGGCGGUGGCAACGGGUCCGGUCCGGCAGGCGGUGGAAAUGGCAACCAAUCGUCCUCGCCCCCGUACUGCCCGGUGGAUGGGAUCGGUGGUAAUGGUGGCAUCAAAUCGGACAGUCCGUCCCGCAAGCGGCGCCGUGUUUCGUCCCGACUACCGAGCCAAUCACCGCCCGCCGCCAUUUGGGAGCAUCGACGCUCACCGCGCAAUGGCGGCGGCGGCGGCGGUGGCGGCAUGAUGUCGCUGAUGGGAACGAGCGGUGGUAAUGGCGGUGUGAAUGGUGGUGGCAAUGGUAGCAAUGGUGGCAUGGGCAACCAUGUGAUGAACGGGCAUCAUAAUCUGCCAUUGCAACAGCAGCAGCAACCACAAUCGUCGCAGGUCUCUCAGCAGCAGCAGCAGGUCCAUCCGCCACAGUUACUCCAUCGGGACCAUCCUCAGCAGCAGCACCAUCAUCACCAAUUACACCACCAUCAUCAUCUCUCGCAGCAGCAUCAACAGCAGCAGCAGCAACAGCAACAGUCACACCACCACUCGAACGGUGGUGGAUCUCAUUUGCAUCCGGGGUCGGGCGGUAAUCUGGCUGCUGCCAUCAUUUCGCAGCUGCAAACUCACGCCCACCACCCGCAGGGUAGCCCACCAUUACGGCGACCACGCUUUCACCGUGAGCAACAGCAGCAGCAGCAGCAGCCUCAGCAACAGCAGCAGCAACAGGCACCACCGCAGCAACAGCGUCCGUGGGAAUCGCUCACGCAGGUAUUUCAGCAGGCACCGGCGGCCCAGGCACAGCACCAGCAUCCGGCCUCGUCACUGAUGGUCGAUAUCAAUCAGGUGCCGGUUAGCUUACCGCUCGGCCAUCACCAUGAGCAGCUGUGGACGUACUCGGCGGGUCCACAUAUUUCGAUCUGCUCCGGACAUCCAGUCGCACCGCAUUUGCCACCGUGUCAGGUUCAUGGAGUCUACCCACAGCCUUUCGCGCAAACGUGUGGUAUCGGAGGGCACUUUGGAAGCUAUACAUCUUCCGCAGGUCCGGCACUAGCCGUUCCACAUCCAGCACCGCAUCAAGCGCAUUAUCAGCAUCCACAUCUGGCGCAACAGCGUACUGAUGGUCUUUCGCUGGACGGGUUGGAGCAUGCGGGUGCGUCACCGUUGCACCUAUCGCCGCUUACCACACACGCGCACCAUCUGCACGGUGCGUCACCGCAGAUGACGCAACUGACCGCGGCGGCCCAACCGAUCUACAUCUCCACCGAGGUAAGUGCCGUGGGUAGUGAGGUGCCCCGUACGGGCGUCACACCCGCUGGAACACUGAUCCCACUGAUCGCGAACGUCCCGCAGGGUCGCAACUAUGAGAUACUGCACCGGACGGUUCGCCGGGCGAUCACGGCACCGCGGCGCAACUUUGCCCGCUUCCACUGGCCCGGUCCACCGCCGCCGCCUCCGCCGCCACCACCGCCGGCCCAUCACCAGCACCAUCAUCCGGGCCACCAUCCGACGCAUCACCAUCGGGCACAUGCUGCACCACCGCCGGCAGCACUGCAGGCCCAUCCACAACCGCUCGGCCAUCCGCAGCCGGCCCACGUCACGCUGUCUGCCACGACGUCCGCCUAUUCGGGCAUUUUGCUGAACUUCCUACCCGUCCGAUGUCCUUUCAGAGCGAUGUUCCCGUUGUCUACGUACGGUCCACCGGAUCUCAAUUCACCGGAUUCGAACGAAACGGAAAACUACGAAGCUCUGCUAAGCUUGGCCGAACGCCUUGGGGAAGCAAAACCACGUGGUUUGGCACGGCCCGAGAUCGAUCAGCUGCCGAGUUACAAGUUUAAUGCGGAAACUCACACCGGUGAUCAAACAUCGUGCGUGGUUUGUAUGUGUGACUUCGAGGCCCGUCAGAUUCUGCGAGUUUUGCCAUGCUCGCAUGAGUUCCAUGCUAAGUGUGUUGAUAAGUGGCUACGGUCCAAUCGUACAUGUCCAAUUUGCCGUGGCAACGCAUCGGAGUACUUCGAAAGCAGUGAGGAGCAGUAA